AAAUCCAAAGCUGAAAAUCUACACCAAGCUUUGCACUAUGACCACUUAUAACAUUUAUGAUUAUUAUUAUUGUUAUUAUGAUGAUGCAUACAAGAAAAGAAAACUACCCAAACAGAAACAAGCAAGGUAGCUCAAAUUAAAUAAACCAAAAAAAAAAAAGUCAUUUUCUCUCUAUCACUAUAAUCAGUUUUACUUUUGAACCAAGUACUCACGAGACACCCUUGAAGCUUUUUCCUUUCAAUUCAUCUUUAUGCUGCUAAACAACCUAAUCCUCCUCAUCUAUCCUAUUAGGAAAAACCGUGAAAACUGUUUCUUCUUCUUUUUCUUCUUCCUCUUCUCUCUUUCUUAGCACAAUUAAUUUAACAUAUUUUUCAUGAAACUUCCCUUCAUUUCUUCCUUAUACAAUGAAACUUCAACAACCCUUUACGUUUUCUUCUGUGUCUUUGGUUCUUAUGUGCUGUAACAGUUUUUAUCCUUCACAACUUUGAUGAACCAAUUGUCACAAAAUUGCAUGACAUGGUUCCAUAACACACCUUUAUUUUUCAUUUAAACCAAAAGGGUCUUGUUUGAAUUGAUAAAUGAAUCAUUUUGAUACAUGUUCUACAAUUUUCAUUGGAGCCUAUGUUUCGAAACCGGUUUAUGCAGUUCCUGAAAUCAAUUCACACAUUCAGAAGAAAAAUUCCUUUUGACAGUCUGUUUUGAAAUUUGAAUCAUAAUUAGCAUAUAAACAUAUUCCAGAGUCAUGAACUUUGCUAGAGCUUCAAUGGCAGGCUCAUGUUUCACCAAGCUUCGACUUCGAAGGUCUAAGAAUAAACCUUUACCAGAGCCUUCUUCUUCAUCUUCAAAGACUCGGUUGAAUUGUGACGCAGACAACAUGGAAAGAAAAAGAUUUGAUAGCUUAGAAUCAUGGUCAAUGAUAUUAGACUCUGAGAAUGUGGAAACAUGGGAAGCUUCGAAGGAGGAUCAAGAAGAAUGGACUGCUGAUCUUUCUCAGCUUUUCAUAGGUAACAAGUUUGCAUCAGGAGCUCACAGUAGAAUUUACCGUGGAAUUUACAAGCAGAGAGCUGUUGCUGUUAAAAUGGUUAGGAUUCCUACUCAGAAUGAAGAGAGAAGAACAUUGCUUGAACAGCAAUUCAAAUCUGAAGUUGCUUUACUUUCACGUCUCUUUCAUCCUAACAUCGUUCAGUUUAUUGCAGCAUGUAAAAAACCACCUGUGUACUGCAUCAUAACAGAAUACAUGUCACAAGGAACUUUGAGGAUGUAUCUGAACAAGAAAGAGCCUUAUUCACUUUCAAUAGAAACUAUACUAAGGUUAGCACUUGACAUAUCAAGGGGUAUGGAAUACCUUCAUUCUCAAGGUGUGAUUCACAGAGACCUCAAAUCAAAUAAUUUGCUUCUCAAUGAUGAGAUGAGGGUUAAGGUAGCGGAUUUCGGGACAUCGUGUCUUGAAACACGAUGCCGCGAAACCAAAGGAAACAUGGGAACUUAUCGUUGGAUGGCGCCGGAGAUGAUUAAGGAAAAACCUUAUGCUCGUAAAGUUGAUGUUUAUAGUUUUGGAAUUGUGCUUUGGGAACUCACUACAGCUCUGCUUCCCUUUCAAGGAAUGACUCCAGUGCAAGCUGCUUUUGCUGUUGCUGAGAAGAAUGAAAGGCCUCCAUUGCCAGCUAGUUGUCAGCCAGCACUAGCACAUCUGAUAAAACGAUGUUGGUCAGCAAAUCCUUCAAAGAGGCCAGAUUUCAGUGACAUUGUGUCUACUCUUGAGAGGUAUGAUGAAUGUGUGAAAGAAGGUCUUCCUCUUACUCAUCAUUCAGGACUUGUCACCAAAAACUUCAUUAUUGAACGCUUAAAAGGAUGUGUCUCUAUGAGUUCCUCCAUACCUGUACAUGCUUAAUUGCUUUGAAAUUGAAUUCAUUCCCCUUCCCUAUAAAAAGUUGUUUCAUGUAAAGGGAUGAGUUAUAAUUUCAUCAUAAAGAAGGUUGAAUGAUGCUAUCUACACAAUUUGCAAAAGUUUACUAGUACAGAAUUAUACAGUGGAAUUGCUUUAACUUGGAGAAGGUUACAUCACAUGUAGAUUUGUAUUUAUAUAUAUACUAUGUUGUAGAUGCAAAACAUGUGCAAAUAAUAUUAAUUCAGUAAACAACCAUUUGCUUCAUUAAA